AGGGGUUUGGGUGCGAGGCUCACACGGGCGGUGGAAGGAAACGAAAGUGCAGGCACCAUUGGGGAAUUGCUUUAGAUGUUGGCUCGGGAGGUGCUGGUGUUUAGCACAGAGCUUGCUAAAAGACCAUUGCAGAGCUGCCGUGCUGAUUGUGUGUCUGCCGGAGAGAGCUGGCAGUGAUAUGUGGAAUUUCUGUGGGAGGGCAGUGCAGGAAAUCGCCAAAUUCUGAUGCAGGCUCCUCCUCAUAUUUGGGUUUAAAAGGAAGCAACAAAUCUGCCAGUUCUGCUUGAAGAAGUGUGGGGAGAGCUGCUGUGUGAGUGAAAUGUGUGGGGUGUGCAGGGUGUGUGCAUCUGAAGAAUUUUAACAGGGAUUUGCCGCCACAAAUCCUUGCAAUUUCCAGUUAUAAUGAGACGAAUUUUUCUUUUAUAUAUAGUGUCAUUAACUUCGAGUGAUAAGAAAAGUUGUAGGCAAAGUCCUUCUGCUGACUUCUCUCCUGGCUGGUAGGUUUAAAACCCAGCGUGCACAGACAGGAGCAAGCUGCAGGUACCACUGAAGGUCUGUAGACUUGGAGAAGGCUCAGAAGCAUGGAAAGCCUCUGUGCAGCAAACAGCACUUUUGCUGUGGACCUGUUAAGAAAGCUGUGUGAGAAGAAAAGUGGGCAGAAUGUGUUCUUUUCACCAUUUAGUAUUUCUUCUGCUUUGUCUAUGAUUUUGCUGGGUUCAAGAGGUAGCACUGAAGCCCAAAUAAGCAAGGUGCUUUCUCUGAAGAAUGCCCAGGAUGCUCACAAUGGGUUUCAGUCCCUUCUCUCUGAAAUUAAUGAUCCAAACACCAGAUACAUCCUGAGAACUGCAAACCGGCUCUAUGGAGAAAGGACCUUUGAGUUUCUUUCAUCAUUUAUAGAGUCCAGUCAGAAAUCCUACCAUGCUGGCCUGGAACAGAUGGACUUCCUGCAUGCUUGGGAGGAUUCCAGGAAACAAAUCAAUGUCUGGGUGAAGGAAAGGACUGAAGGUAAAAUUCAGAACCUGUUGGCACAGGGGAUUCUGGAUUCCCUGACCAGGCUUGUGUUGGUGAAUGCCAUCUAUUUCAAAGGCAAUUGGGAAAAGCCGUUCAGGAAAGCGAGUACCAGAGAGAGGCCAUUCAAAAUUAAUAAGAGUGAAACCAGACCUGUGCAGAUGAUGUUCAAGGAGGCAAACUUUAACAUGACCUACAUUGGAGACUUCCAGACCAAAAUCCUGGAGCUCCCCUACGUGGGUAAUGAACUGAACAUGAUCAUCCUGCUCCCUGAUGCAAUCCAGGAUGGCUCCACAGGCUUGGAAAGACUUGAAAGAGAACUUACAUAUGAGAAGCUGAUGGAUUGGAUCAGUCCUAAAAUGAUGAGGUCUACAAAAGUGAAGGUGUUUUUACCCAGAUUUAAACUGGAAGAAAAUUAUGAUCUGAAACCCAUCCUGAGUAGCAUGGGAAUGCCUGAUGCAUUUGAGUUGGGCAAGGCAGACUUCUCAGGAAUCUCAUCUGGCAAGGAGCUGGUGCUCUCUGAAGUGGUUCACAAAUCCUUUGUGGAAGUCAAUGAAGAAGGCACUGAAGCAGCUGCUGCCACAGCUGCAGUGAUGGUGCCUCUUUGUGCAAGGAGAGUUCCGGAGUUCACUGCUGAUCAUCCUUUCCUCUUCUUCAUCCGGCACAACAAAACUUCCAGCAUUUUGUUCUGUGGCAGAUUAUGCUGUCCUUAAGGAGAAGUCUUGGCAGCAUAAGUGCCAUCACAGAAUAGAUUUAUGUUUCCUAGAACAAGAUGACUCAUUCUGCUCUAAUUGUCUCUUUCAGCUGUGCCAAAUCGUCUUCUGUAGUCUUGAUCUUAGGCUUGGCAGGAAUAAGAGAGGUGCUUAAACAAACACAGCAUCUGCCAUGUCCAAGACUUUCUGUGCAUGUGUGCAGAGGUCUCUGGGUUCUUGUUGACACAAGAACCAUCCCACUUGCUCCAUGACUGCUUCUUCUGUGCUUAAGUUAACGUUUUGUGUCCAGCAGGCAGAAUCAGGGAGUGAGAGCCCAUGGGAUUGUUACUUUUGCUUGUGACAAGGCUGGAGCACAUAUGUAGCUGCCCUCCCCUUUUAGGUUCCAGUCUUCUCAAGAGAGUGCCUUGAUAAAAGGACUAGCAUUAUGUUUUGGUAACAUUUUUCAGGUAUUACUGAACACCCUGCAUAGAUGGGGGUUUUUGACUAACACUUGGGCCAGCUCUUAGGCAAGAAUGGCAAUGAAAGUAUGAUUAAGAUGUUAUAAGAGAUGUCCCUGUGAGGUACUUGUGGGACAAGUACCUUUAUUUCCUCAUUCCAGAACACUUGGGUUUAUUCCCUGUCCCCUGGUUCUGGUCCUUUAACAAAGAAUGAAAUAAAAGGGCACAUGGUGCCUAUGGAAUAUUUGAAGUAGAAAGUCUUAAAUUUAUUUUGUUUCCUACUGUCCUAUGUUUAUGCUAUUUUCUUAAACAUCAUACUUUACCUGUAGAAUACCAAAGACAGAGAUGCAACAGCUUUCCUUACAUUGGGAUAUAUUUUGUUCCCGGAAUAAUAAAAGAAGUAUAAGCACUGCA